AUGUUUCGCAACACCGCCGUCAAGGCCAGCAGCGGCAUGCUGCGUGGCUCUACCUCCUCUACCUGCAGACGGUCCAUUUCUCUCACGGCCACUGCUAGAACUACCGCUAGCCACAGCUCGAAAUUCGGCUUGACCUCGAGAAGACCUCUCGCCGUCGUUGACCGUAUGUGCAAUGGCAAGAGAUUCUAUGCCGCCGGGACUAGCGUGGGAGUGGAUCCUAAUGAUAACUUCCUGUCUGGCAACACCGCCAACUAUAUCGAUGAGAUGUACUUGGCCUGGAAGAAAGACCCCUCGAGUGUGCACAUUUCGUGGCAGACAUAUUUCAAAAACAUGGAAGAUGGCAACAUGCCCAUCUCCCAGGCUUUCCAGCCCCCUCCCACCCUUGUUCCUACACCGACUCUUGGCGUUCCCCAGGACAUGCCUGGUGCAGGCCUGGGUCUCUCCGCUGGCACUGAUGUGACAAGUCACUUGAAGGUUCAGCUCUUAGUUCGCGCCUAUCAGGCUCGUGGUCACCACAAGGCCAAGAUCGAUCCCCUUGGCAUCCGUGGUGAAGCGGAGGCUUUCGGCUACAACAAGCCCAAGGAGCUCGAACUCGACCACUACGGAUUCACCGAGCGGGAUCUCGACCAGGAGUUCACUCUCGGCCCCGGCAUCCUUCCUCGCUUCGCUACCGAUAGCCGCAAGAAGAUGACCCUGCGCGAGAUCGUUGCCACCUGUGAGAAGAUCUACUGUGGCUCGUAUGGUGUCGAGUACAUCCACAUCCCUGACCGCAAGCCUUGCGACUGGAUCCGCGACCGCUUCGAGAUCCCCGAGCCCUACAAGUACUCCGUUGAUGACAAGCGCCGCAUUCUCGACCGUCUCAUCUGGUCACACAGCUUCGAGUCCUUCCUGGCCACCAAGUUCCCCAACGACAAGCGUUUCGGUCUCGAGGGUUGCGAGACCCUUGUCCCCGGUAUGAAGGCCCUGAUUGACCGCAGCGUCGAGCACGGCAUCAAGGACAUCGUCAUUGGUAUGCCCCAUCGUGGUCGUCUCAAUGUUCUGUCCAACGUCGUCCGCAAGCCCAAUGAGUCCAUCUUCAGCGAGUUCUCCGGAUCCGCCGAGCCCUCGGAUGAAGGUUCCGGUGAUGUCAAGUACCACUUGGGUAUGAACUUCGAGCGCCCCACGCCCUCCGGUAAGCGCGUUCAGCUGUCUCUGGUUGCCAACCCCUCCCAUCUGGAGGCCGAGGACCCCGUUGUGCUCGGAAAGGCCCGCUCCAUCCAGCACUAUAACAACGAUGAGACGGAAUUCAAGACCGCCAUGGGCGUUCUGCUGCACGGUGAUGCCGCCUUCGCCGCCCAGGGUGUCGUCUACGAGACCAUGGGCUUCCACUCCCUCCCCGCCUACUCGACCGGCGGUACCAUCCACCUGAUCGUGAACAACCAGAUCGGUUUCACCACCGACCCCCGUUUCGCUCGUUCCACCCCUUACUGCUCGGAUAUCGCCAAGUCCAUUGACGCGCCUGUGUUCCACGUGAACGCUGACGAUGUUGAGGCCCUUAACUAUGUCUGCCAGGUUGCCGCUGACUGGCGUGCCGAGUUCAAGCGCGAUGUCGUUAUUGACAUUGUCUGCUACCGUAAGCAGGGUCACAACGAGACCGAUCAGCCCUCUUUCACCCAGCCCCUGAUGUACAAGCGCAUUGCCGAGCAGAAGGCUCAGCUUGACAAGUACGUCGAGAAGCUGAUCUCCGAGGGCACCUUCACCAAGGAGGACAUCGAUGAGCACAAGAAGUGGGUCUGGGGCAUGCUCAACGACAGCUUCGACCGCAGCAAGGACUACCAGCCCACUAGCAAGGAGUGGCUGACCUCCGCUUGGAACGGUUUCAAGACCCCCAAGGAGCUGGCCACCGAGGUCCUGCCUCACCUGCCCACUGCUGCCGAACCCGCUCUGCUGAGCCGCAUUGCCGAGAAGAUCAGCGGCCCCCCCGAAGGCUUCACCGUUCACCGCAACCUGAAGCGUAUCUUGGCCAACCGUAGGAAGACUGUUGAGGAGGGUACGGGCAUCGAUUGGCCCACUGCUGAGGCCCUUGCCUUUGGUACUCUGGUUGAUGAGGGCUACCACGUCCGUGUUUCCGGCCAGGAUGUUGAGCGUGGUACUUUCUCCCAGCGUCAUGCCGUUCUGCACGACCAGGAGAACGAGGGUACCUAUACACCUCUCCAGGAUAUCAGCGACAAGCAGGGCAGCUUCGUCAUCUCCAACUCCUCUCUCAGUGAAUUUGGAGCUCUUGGUUUUGAGUACGGCUACUCUCUGACCUCGCCCAACGCCCUCGUCAUGUGGGAGGCCCAGUUCGGUGACUUCGCCAACAACGCUCAGUGCAUUAUUGACCAGUUCAUCGCUUCCGGCGAGUCGAAGUGGCUCCAGCGUUCCGGCCUGGUUAUCUCCCUGCCCCAUGGUUAUGAUGGCCAGGGUCCCGAGCACUCUUCUGGCAGAAUGGAGCGUUGGCUGCAGCUUUGCAACGAGGAGCCCCGUGUCUUCCCCUCCCAGGACAAGCUGGACCGUCAGCACCAGGACUGCAACAUGCAGAUUGCCUGCAUGACCUCUCCUGCCAACCUCUUCCACAUUCUCCGUCGCCAGAUCCACCGCCAGUUCCGCAAGCCUCUCGUGAUCUUCUUCUCCAAGUCCCUCCUCCGCCACCCCAUUGCCCGCUCCGAUCUUGAAGAAUUCACCGGCGAGUCUCACUUCCAGUGGAUCAUCCGCGACCCAGCUCACGGCUCCGCCAUUGACGAGCCUGAGAAGAUCGAGCGCGUUAUUUUGUGCAGUGGUCAGGUGUAUGCUGCCCUGGUCAAGCACCGUGAGGCGAACAACAUCCGCAACACUGCCAUCACCCGUGUUGAGCAGCUUCACCCCUUCCCUUGGGCUCAGCUGAAGGAAAACCUGGAUAGCUACCCCAACGCCAAGGACAUCGUCUGGGCCCAGGAAGAGCCCCUGAACGCUGGUGCGUGGAGUUUUGCCCAGCCUCGUCUUGAGACCCUGCUCAACGCCACUGAGCACCACAACCGCCGCCACGUUCUCUACGCCGGCCGGGCCCCCAGUGCCUCCGUUGCCACCGGUCUCAAGUCGGUCCACAUCAAGGAAGAGCAGGAGUUCCUCGAAGAUGCAUUUACUCUCCACCAGGAGCGCCUGAAGGGCGAGUAA